AUGACGACGGCGGCCUAUGGACAUGGCCUCGGGCCGGACGCCAAGGCCAAGGCUGCCGAGAGCAGCAGUAACAACGAGGCCGCCACCAUGGACGGCGGGACGCUUGCGCUGUGCAUCUGCCGCCAAGGCUACGACCCGAAGCGCUUCAUGAUCGAGUGCGCCCACUGCGACCGAUGGUUCCACGGCAACUGCGUGCAGAUGACGGAAGAGAAGGCGUUUGCGAUCGCCCAGUACGCGUGCCCGUCGUGCACGAACCAAGGCGCCAAGAUCAAGUUUGCAGCCGCUCCCAUGAAGACGGCCGAUGCGUCGCUCUUGCCGCUGCCGCGCCAGUUUGCCUCGCUCAACAUGAAGGAGCUCUCAACGAUGAACGCAUCCAUUGCCGUCGACAAGACGAGCGAGAAGUUCCAUCACCUUCUCCAUGCAGGCAUGUUUGCUCGGUCCGGCAUCCGCCGCAUGGCGCCGUCGAGUCUCGUGAUCACGGCCAUCCAGAGCCAUGGCUUCCAGGAGCCGAUCCUAGUCGAGGAUGCAGUCGGCAACGUGCCUGGCCUCGUCGUGCCCUCGACCAUGCUACAGGUCGACGACUUGCCCAACACCAUUGCUUCCUCUAGCAUCAUCAAGGCGAUCGACACUGCGUCGCAAGAGUACCGAGCGGUCUCGUACGCCGAGGUAGCGUCGCUCACCUCGUCCAACCAGUCGCUGGACGAGUGGCCGCACAACAUCGAGUUUCCUAUCGUCGACACGCCGCUCGAGUACCACGUGUCGCCGCCGCAAGCCGUCCAGGACAUGGACUGGUUCCACCAGCUCAACCGGUCGUCGUCGACGCGCAACCCCAACACGUACGCUGCCGUGUACGGCGCGGGCACGUACCGCGACUUUCGUAUGAAUGCGAACGGGAGCUCGGCGUGGCUGCACCACCUGCACGGGCUGCCGCUCUGGGUGUACCUGGUCCCGCCGUUAGCCGCGCGCUUUGACAAGUUUAUGGAGUGGCAGCUCUCGUCGUUCUCGAGCUCGCUCUUCUUUGCCGACACGGUCGACAAGUGCAUCAAGUGCGAGGUGCAGCCCACGUCGACGCUCCUCAUUCCGUCCGGUUGGAUGUACGCGCUCUAUGUGCCCAAGCCGAGUGGCCAAGACAAGCCAUCAACCGCCGUCUUUCUCACGAGCUACUUUCUGCACGGGUACCACCUCCACGCGCAGAUGCAAGCGCUCGACUUUGAAGAGCGCCUCGGUCGCAAGUCGGCCAUGCUCAACACGUGCCAGCUGCAGCUCGGCGCGUGGCCGCUCGUGACGAUGGCGUCGCAGUUUGACGCGCUCACGUCGCCGGAUAUUGUCCGCUACUGGAUGGUGCCGGCGCUGCAGCUCUACGUACAGCGGCUCACGAAAUGCGAGCCAAUCACAGUGUUUGAGACGCUGGGCCUCGGGCAACUCGUGCCGCUUCUUCGGCUGCGGGACAUGCCCGACAUCAAGGACAUGCUCGACUCGCUCCAGCUGCUGCUUGGCACAAAGGAUCCGAAGGCGCCGCCCAAAACACUCACGAAGAAGGACGUCAAGGCGACGCCGCUCAUGCUGCCGCUCAACUCGUUUUUGAUUGGGAAGAAGGACAAGAAGGUGUGCAAGUGCCAUCUCAAGAAGUGCGUCCAGUGCCGCAACUGCGUCAAGCGCCACUGCAUUUGCGCCCACGUGCCCGUGCCCUCGACGGCACUCUCGGGGCCGCCACGCAAGCCGGCGCUCACGCCGCUCGACAACUCGCUCGCCAAGGCAAAGGAAGCGCUCAUGAAGAAGAAGGCCAAACAGCAAUCGGCGCCCGCUGCGGUCCAGAAGCCGCCUUCGAUGCCGGUCGCGUCCCUUGACGACAUGCUGCAAUGGGCGCCGGACGACGACGAGGAGGCACAGGACUCUGCGAUCUCGUCGAUGUGGGGUCUGCCGCCCGACAUGAUGAACAACACGUUCUUCUCGGGCAACGAGCUCGGGCUCAAUAUGAACGGCGCGCUCGAGCUCGACGAUGCGUUUGGGAUCAUCGAUAUGGUCGAAAGCUCGUCGCUCUUUUCGAGCUUCAAGGAGGAGGACCCGAGCUCCGAGUCGUCCUCGUCGGCGACAACGUCGGCGCUGCCCACGCCGACCAUCGGCGGUGUCGGGACGCUCCAGACGUCCGCGAACCACUCGCUUCUCUUUUACGACGGCCAUGAGCCCGUGUACGACUCGGAGCCCGCCGAGUCGAGCGCGCUGCUGCACAACAAGGAGGCGCUUCCGAGCGAUCUCACGACGGACGCCGACGGGACCGUGCGCCACCGCGCGAGUUGCCAUCGAUGUGGCAAUCUCCGCAAGAAGAACGUGCGCUGCCUCACGUGCCCGCACAUUUUUUGCCAAAAAUGCGCCGAGAAGAUGGUCGAAGAGCACGGCGCACAGACGUUCAUUGGCGGUUGCCCGGUCUGCAAGGAAAUGUGCUGCUGCGGAAAGAACCGGUCCACGGUCUGCCGACGCAAGUUUCACUGCUACAAGAAGUGCCCCGCGACCAAGCGCUGCAACACGCUCACGGACGACGGUCCGACGGCACUUGGCGCCGUGCUCGUCAAGCGGCCCGCUCCGACAUCCGGUGCGCUGCCGACACCGGCGCCGACCGCCGCGCUCUUCUCGGUCAAGGCCGAGCCCGUCGCGGCGGCCGUGCCUGGAGCAUUUGCAAUGGACUUUGGCGUCGACGAAGAUGACUUUGAGGAAGACGACGACGACGACGAAGACGGCGACGACGACGACCUGCAUCGCAUCGACAUGGAGGCGAGCGGCAUGAUGCCUCUUGUCAGCGACGCGCGCUUCAACCACGCGUCGUCGCUGAGCGAUUGCGACUUUGAGAUGGAGCUCGGCGAACUCGACGCAAUGUAG